AUGACCUCUCUUCCUCCUACAAGUUUACAGAUUGAGGUUGAAGCUCGAUAUGCCAUAAUGAUGGAGGAGAAGAAAAGGAAGAGGAUGCAGUCCAAUCGGGAAUCUGCAAAACGGUCAAGGCUGAGGAGGGAAAAAAGAUUGUCAGACUUGGUUACUGAGAUAGCCAUGUUGAAGCAACAACUCAUGGAGAACAGUAAAGUAUAUGAUGGCUUGAGUCAAAGGGCUCAAUUACUGUUGUCUGAAAACGAUGGUUUGAAUUCUGAAAAGAUGCAGUUGGCUGAGUAUUUGAAGAGCUUGUGCUCAGUUUUCAUGAGUUCCACGCUGAAGCAGGCUGGUUGUUUAUCAGAUCAGCCAUGGCAAGUUCAUGGUCCUGAGCACCCUUCAAUAACAACUGGGAUGUCCAUGUCUUAG